AAGAACCAUUUCAACCGGAUUUGUACCUUCAAUACCAGAGGAUAGACUUGUUCAACAGGUGUUCCAGGCUUUAGAGCCACACCUGGCCUCAUCCCAACAGACUUAAUAUUUUCCACAAGUUCUUGCCAAUUCUCUGAAAAUAAGCAAAACACAAGUCAAGACCGAGCAUUAGGAUGAGACAAAAUUGGAGGAUGGUGUAGGGGAAAGAGCUAUCUAUAUAUACCUUUGGCCACCUCAACGUGCAAUGUGAAACCAGACGCCCCAGCUUUAGCCAUUUGAUCCACGUAAAUUAUAUACCAUUUGAGCUAUCUAUAUAUCCAGUUUGGGUAAAUUAUCCAAAGUCCAAACCAAGCCAAACCGACCCGAACCGAUCCUAAAUCUGUUUUUUUUUUCCGAUUCAAAUUCGGAUAAAACCAAAGAACCGGAUCGGUUCAUGUUCUUAUAGUUUCGGUUCUCAGUUACGGUAUGCACCUAGUUAACCAGAAUCAAAUUGAAAUUAAAAACCCUAGUUCCGACCUCGACUUGAUUUGUAACUGUCGUUCACGAGCGAGUCGUCGACGACAAACGCAUGCGAACGCUCUCUUCUUCUUCUUCUUCUUCUCCUUCUUAUUCAAUCUCUUUUUCAUCGAUUGUGAGAAGCGAUAAGAAAGGGUUCGAUUGCUCUCUAUAUAUCUUUCAUCUUUCUCAUUUUUACACUCUAAGCUCGAAGAAAUCUGGGUUGAAGUGUGUUCGUGUUCGUGUGUUCUCUUAAGAAUCCUGAGUAAUUUAGGAUGGAUUGUGAGGAAAACGUUGGGAAUGAAUCGCUCGUUCUGAUAAAGCAAGGAGCAGAAGCUAGGGUGUUUGAGUCUACAUUUGCCGGAAGAAGAUCCAUUGUGAAAGAACGAUUCUCGAAGAAAUAUAGACACCCGAUUUUGGAUGCGAAACUCACACUCAAACGCUUGAAUGCGGAGGCUAGGUGUAUGACAAAGGCAAGAAAGCUCGGGGUUUGUACUCCAAUCCUCUAUGCUGUGGAUACUCUGCUUCACUCUUUAACACUUGAGUACAUUGAGGGCGUCUCUGUUAAAGACAUUUUCCUUGACUUUGGGGCCAAUGGGAUUAUUGAGGAACGGUUAGAUGAUGUUGCUGCUCAGAUUGGGGCUGCAAUUGCUAAGCUCCAUGAUGGUGGCCUGGCUCACGGUGAUUUGACUACAUCAAAUAUGUUAGUCAGAAGUGGAACAAAUCAGCUGGUACUAAUCGAUUUUGGCUUGAGUGUCACAUCGACCUUGCCUGAAGACAAAGCUGUUGAUUUAUAUGUGCUUGAAAGAGCCUUACUCUCAAUGCAUUCUUCAUGCGGGAAUGUGAUGGAUCGUAUAUUGACAGCGUAUAGGAAGUCCUCGAAGCAAUGGUCAGCCACGUUUAACAAGCUCGCGCAAGUGAGGCAACGAGGUAGAAAACGGACUAUGAUUGGAUGAGUCAAGAUCUCCAGUGAUCCUGUCUUUAAACUUGACUACAAAGCCACCCAAAAUUUUUCCUAUAUGAUUGAAUAGCGGUGGGAAAACUCAUGCCUUGAAUGUUUAAAUACAUGUACACUACUCUGUUUUAUUGUUCGAUAGCGGUCUAGUUUGUUGAUCAGUAUGAAGCUGUCGAUGCUAAAGUUUCAGUGGGCGUUCGUUGGCUUUUACGGUCGGAGGAUGAGGUUUGAUAAAAUGGACAUAAGACAAUAUUAUUUGAUGUGCGAUCCAUUUUUUAGUUAUACGUAAACACAAUGCCGAAAGAGAUUAAACCAGUAACAAUCUUUUUCUUUAACCUUAUUCUAUUCGAUUUUAUUGUAAAAUACGAGUUUACUUUC